AUGUCUGGCCCACCAGAAGGAGUGGUCUGCGAUGAGGAUCGUAAGAAAGAGCUCAAGCGAGAAGGGGAGGACUUUUAUAGGUUUCUUUGGAUUGACAUCACAGUCAACGCGAAAGCCGAAGACAAAGACAAGCCAAAGAAGAAGCACCCGCGCACUGAAUUUGCUGUCGGAGGGGCGACGGCAAGCUACGACAAAAUCUCAGCUCUGUAUGGCAGGGAUGCUAGCAACCCGACUCGAAUUGUGACCUUGCAUCAAGAUGGAAAUCUGUUCGCGCAGCCGGAACAGGCAUAUUUGGUACACUUUCCCAUGCCGACUCCCGAGGAGCGAUUCCUGUGGCUGGAUCGCCUAUGCAAUUCGUGGGGUAUACCUCCCACAGUGUUGGAACUGCCCGUGGCCAUUCCGUUCGCCAUCCCGUACAACCCAAAGCUUUAUUCCCAGCCGGAAAGAGAUCUUUUGCCGGAGCAAAUUGACAGAGCUGGGCUCGAGAUCAUGCCGGAAAAGACCAUCGUGGACAACGUACUGCAUCCGAUCUUGCAAACUACGACCCGGUUCACGAAGAAGAUACUUGGUGAGAAGGCGACUAAUUCGGAUGGGGAGCCUUCUCACGAGGCUCUUUUCCAAGGCUCAGACGCAGAAACAAAACGAGCCAAGGACGAUCCCCGCAAAUGGCUGGAUAGCUGCAAAGGCAAGGGUCCACAAGAUCAAUUGGCCAAGGCCAGAGACCUCGAUGCAUUAGCCAAGAAGUACAAUGUUGAUCGCAAUCCCAAAUACUAUCGUGCGGAGGUCGACCAAGAAGAUCUCAGCAAAAGCCCCAGCGGCACAUUCCAGGAAUCUGUGAAAAAAUGGAUGUUGGAUUUCUGGGCUGAAAAUCGGCCACAUCUCUUUGGAAAUCAGAAACAUGCAGCCUCCGCCGCGCUAGUCGCAGAGAAAUGGUCUCAGGAGAUAGCUGAAAAGCCUGAGUUCAAAAAUCUUACUAUUCAAAGUCUUUUGGAACAAAGAGACACUGGAGAACGUGAGAGAUUAGUCAAGGCGCUCUUCGACGCGAUCAAUGCCGGGCCCACGGGAUGGAAGGUCAUUCUCAAGCCCAAACUCGGUCCUGUGGAUUCUUUCGGUGCUGCCAUCACGGAGAUGGGGGCUUUCUUGAAACUUAACUUUGGGGACGUCUUCGAAUUCAACCUGGGAAAAUGGGUGCUGAAAAUGGCAGACUGGAAUCAUUUUGGUAAAUGGAUAAACCCAGACUGCCCGGUGCAGCCCAAAGACGACGAGUUGCCUGAUAGUAUUGUGACCGGCCACAUUGACUUCACCACGAACCCUACCUUUGGCCUGGGUCUUGCCCAUGCGGACGUGACGCACCGACUGGACGUUACUGAAUUGAUGUGCAUUCUGCCUAUGCCAGGGGAGGUAUACACCCGUCAAGGGGAAAAAGAAGUUGGGUACCAAAAUGUCUCUGCAAAAGGCGAGCAAGGACGACCAAUUGACUUUUACAGUCGUGACCUUGUUCUCGCCUUUCCCGCUAGGGAGGUGAAGACGAGCUCUGCGACAAAGGACAUGACACCAGAUCAUGGAGUUAUCACUUACAAUGGCAAGAAUUUCCCUGAUAUCAUUAAGCGCGAGUACGGCUUGGUCAUGAACUACAAUAUCACCGAGUCGACCCCAUGGGAGAAACAACUUGCGCUUUUCAUGGUUCAGAUCCUGGCCGUCGCAGCGGAUGCUAUCCCCGUCGUGGGACCUCUCGUUUCAUUUACCAUCUACAUGGGAGGUAAUUCGAUCAUCGAUGCUGCAUGGAUCUCGGAGUACGAGAGCUCGAGCCUGCCAGUGUUUGCGUUGCUGUAUUCUCAGAGACGUAAUGUGGCGAAGUACAAGACGAAGGUAGCGCCGAAGUUCAAUUUCAAAUUGACCCUCUGA